CCACACAGUCCUGUAUCUGCCACGGUGCAGCUCCUUUGUCCCAAGUCCGGUCACCAGCGCAAGGAGAUCCGACCCGACGAUUGACCUUACUUCUAGAUAGUCCCCUCGCACGAUAUCCAUGGAGCCUCGAAGCGAUCCUGGCUCUGAUCGCGAGGACAACUUCGAGGAUGCCUCUGAUAUGAGCCAUCGUAACUCUACGCAGACACGAAGUCCCGGCCGGUCCCUCACCAAUAGGAGUCGAUCUACCUCAGCAGAUACGGCAACGAGAGAAGAAAAAAAUGAGGACGCUGUUUCAAGCUAUGGUGAGACUACGGGCUCAGCCGUAGAUGGAGUAGAUGAGCAGAAUCAUGAAAGCCAAGCGCCUCCCAGCCCACAGAGCUCUGCGAAAAGAAUAUCUGUAGGGAGUAUGGACGAAGUGAAUCUCGAAGACUCUAACAAGACGCCUACGACUUCUGAACAUGUCUCUAAACCCCCAUUGCCGCCUCGAACGGAGGCCGACAAGGAUGUUGCAUCCACAGGCCUCUCCGGGAAGGUCCCAAUCAAUGAAUUUCCUCCACCCCCUCCUCUCCCUCUUGCGCCAGCUAAAUCUGAGAACAUCGCUCCGCCUCCCACAACGCGUAAAUAUACAAGUCCAUUCUCAUGGCUUACAAGGAACUCUGCCAGUACAGAAAAGGUCGACAAGAAUACGCAGCCCACUAGUGCGACCCGAGACAGAACGGGCACCGUGACGUCAAUCAAUACUAUCAACAGUAAUCCCGAGCUUAUGGUGAACAGAUUAGAUGGUGAAGGAUCGGAAAGUCCUUCAACCAAAGGCUCUGGGCGCAAUAGCUUGAAAGACCGCUUUAAAUUGCUCCGAAUGAGAGAAGAAGCUGGUAUUACCUCUUUGGACGAUGAGCUUGGCCACGGGUCAGACAAGAAUGGUGGAGCCUUGGCUGGACUUAUUGGACGCUCAAUGAGUGUAGGAAUCGGAAUGGCAAGUCCUGGCAACACGGCAGAUGAAAACCAAGGGUCGCCUCCGCCGAUGCAUCGAGUCCGAUCGAGUCCGGGACCACAUAGCCCAAGUAGACAAGUAUCAAUGACACAGGGUCUAGCACCAGGAAACGCCGCAGGCAUGGGUGUAGGGCCAACAGUCGGGAAAGCUACCCCAGUCGACUGGGAUUUAUGGCAGUCCGUGGUCUACGAAGGCCCGGCGGCGGUUGCACGUACAAGCGCAGAAGAGUUGAACCAAGCCAUUGCUAGUGGGAUUCCACAGGCUAUACGGGGUGUGGUCUGGCAAGUGCUGGCUGAAAGCAAGAAUGACGACCUCGAAUCGAUGUACAGAGAGCUGGUGGUUAGAGGUACGGACAAAGAGAGAGUUAGCUUGCCAGGUCAAACGCAUAGUAUCAAGGAGCGAGGGGACUCGAUCAAAUCGUCUGCUUCAAGCAUACACUCAAACUAUUCCACUCCGGCCACCACGACAUCGACAGCGCAAGGAAGUCCUCUAGCUUCACCCUCUUCAAGCGACGGGCAGGCUGCGGAUGCGAUCGCAAAGCUACAGGCAGAAAGGUCUAAAAGACAAAAGGAGGACAAGGCUGCAAUCAUGAAACUCGAGAAGGUGAUACGACGCGAUCUUGGCGCGAGGACGAGCUAUUCGAAAUACCUCAUGUCUGCGGGUCUUCAAGAAGGUCUCUUUGGAGUAUGUAAGGCCUAUGCCCUCUUCGACGAAGCUGUUGGCUAUGCACAAGGCAUGAACUUCAUUGCAAUGCCACUCUUAUUUAAUAUGACGGAGGAAGAAGCAUUCUGCCUGCUCGUCAAGCUCAUGAACAAGUACGGAUUGCGGGAGAUGUUUAUUCAGGAUAUGCCAGGCUUGCACCUACAUCUCUAUCAAUUCGAACGACUGCUAGAAGAUUUUGAGCCUGCACUUUAUUGCCACCUGCAUCGACGCGGUGUCAGCCCACAGCUCUACGCAACACAAUGGUUUCUCACUCUGUUUGCUUAUCGAUUUCCACUACAACUCGUCUUGCGAAUUUAUGAUUUGAUUCUGAGCGAAGGCUUGGAGGGAGCUAUCCUGAAAUUCGGCAUCGUUCUGAUGCAGAAGAAUGCCGAAACGUUACUUGGCAUGAAAGACAUGAGUUCACUAAGUGUCUUCUUGAAAGAACGCAUCUUCGAUAUAUACAUAGACAAGUCGCCUAAUGCUGGUUCAUUACUAGACUCCGGGUUCUUUGGCAGUGCUGGUGGUGUGGACAAAGAUGUAUACAGAGCAGAUACGCUCGUACAGGACGCAUGUGCUAUCAAGAUCACACCCGAGAUGCUAAAGGUCUACACAGCUGAAUGGAACGAGAAACAGCGCAUAGAGAAAGAACGCGAGUCUGAGCUAGAGAACCUACGUCAGACGAAUGCGGAUUUCCAGAAGCGCGUACGCAGUUUGGAAGGUCGAAUCGAGAACGCCGACAUUGAACACGUGCAGGUUGCUUCAGAUCUUGUACGGACUAAAGUUGAGAAUGAAAACCUUCGAGACGAGAACGAAAGUCUGCAAGGGCAAGUCGACGAGCUGAAGAAGAUUGUCGACAAGCAGCCUCAAGAGGUUGAAGAGCGCUUCAAGGCACAACUUGAUAGUCUCAUGGCGCGUAACAUGGAGGUCCAGAACAGCAACCGUUCGCUGGAAGAACAGCUGGCAGAAACAGAGAAAGCGCUCGUUGAGUCGAAAAUGAGAAAUGCUGAGACGGAUGCUGAAAAUGAAACCUUAAAGCAGAGGUGGAAAAACCUUUCUGCAAUGGUCAGCGGCGAGUGACCUUAGUAGACUUUUGCUAACAUAUAUCCCGCCGCAUAGGUCAUCGAGAGCAGCGCACUUAUUGACUGACCAUGAUUGACCAUAUUCUUUUCACUGUCUAUAUAUUUAUCACUUGUACUCCACGAAUGGCAUGACGGACACGCAAUCAUCUCAGGGUCGCAUUGCUUUGGCUCAUUUCAUUCUUCACACAUCGCCAUUAGCGUUGUUUU